CUACUACUAGAUCUGCACCAGAUCAACAUUACGAAGGUCGCAAAACUUGGGAUGCAAGUCGUCUGCUUUUCUGGGAGAAGUAACACAGGAGUUCUCUUCGCCUGGUUCAUUUUGAAUGAAAACAUCACGUGAUGUAGAAAGUGUUAAAUCUAAUCCAACAGACAAUAAACAAACACGUUGAACAUGGAAAAGGAUACAAUGGAUAUUGUGGACGAGAGGACUUCACUCUUAGUGUCAAGGGAGAUUAGCGGUUCUCCAUCGCCAGAUGACAACAAGGAGUUACCUCCAGCUAAGCAUGAGAGUAACGCAACCUAUGGCACACUCGACGGCGACUCUUGUCACGUUGCCUCUCGUGUCCAAGAACGCUUACCAGCUGAGCAUGAGGUCAGAUUGAGGGCGACUACCUCCGUUGAUGCAAGGCUAGAGCCCCAAAACGACCUUGACGCCAGAUGCUCUUUACUCUGCAGGGGUCGUUCAAACUCCGAUCCCGUAGAGAGACAUCAUCUCGAUCCUGACAUGGACGCGGGCAUUCUCAGAGCGCUAAAGACUGUUAAAAGCAAUCCUUACGUCCAAUAUGUCGGCCUCGGUCUGGCUGGACUGGUAACCCAGAAGGAGCUCCACGACCAACAGACCGGAGCCCCGCUCAGAAAAACUAAGAUGCAGCUUAUCAGAAUAAGUGCCGCCGUCUGCGGAAUUGAACUCUGCUACGCCGCUGAGACGGCGUUCGUAAGCCCCAUCCUGUUGAAGCUCGGGGUUCCUCCAUCUCUCAUGACCAUGGUGUGGUGCCUCAGCCCUAUUCUGGGGUUCUUCCUCGUUCCUAUAAUGGGAUCGCUCAGCGACAGAUGCAGCUUUAAGCUGGGACGACGAAGACCUUUCAUUAUAAUCAUGUCAAUUGGGAUCAUCCUAGGACUAGCAUUGGUUCCCAAUGGGGAGAUUCUUGGGAUUUGGAUCGGAGAUUCCGGAAACGAAACAAUUAACGCCAGACCUCAUCUAAACUCCAGUAUAGAAGAUCUCAUCCCCAAGAGAUCCAGCUUGGGAUUUUCUUUCACGCUGCCUCCUGAUCACCUUUGGGGUAUAAUAUUUACAAUUCUGGGCGUGGCCAUGCUUGAUUUCAACUGCGACGCCUGUCAGUCACCUUGCAGGGCGUACCUUUUAGAUGUCUGCGUCCCCGAAGACCACCCUACUGGGCUGACCAUGUUUACCGUUAUGGCAGGACUGGGCGGUACAGUAGGAUAUAUUAUGGGAGGAAUCGACUGGAAUGCAACUAGCUUUGGCGAAGCAUUGGGCGGACAUAUUCGUGUAGUCUUCUCUGUUGUGCUCAUAGCCUUCUUUGUAUUCGUCACGCUCACGUUAACAUCUUUUCGGGAAAUCCCGCUCAAAGACUUAAGCAUCAAGAAAUCGGAACUUCAGAAAGUGAAAAAGAAAGUAGGCAAAUCUAAAUACCGAAAGUUUACAAACGAAGACACUUCCUCCUCCGGCGAAGAAGAACAAACAGAAGGGAGUGACAUAGGCAGAGUGGAGAGGGUGUCUUCUUACGGGGCGCUAUGUGAAACAGACAAAAACGCCCUUCGCAAACAAAAUGCGGACCUCACCUCACAUAGUGAGGCGGACAAAGACAAACACCAAAUAGCCAAUAUCAGUGACCGCCACUGGACAGUCUCUGACAAUCUUCACAACGAUACAAAUUUGAACAAAGACUCUGAAAAUCAAUUAGUUAAGGAAAUCAAUUAUGGAGACUCCGUUUAUCCAAAGGCACGCUCCGCAAAUAGCGCAUCAGGUUCUACGAUUCCAGAAAUCAGAUCGAUUGAAGUCUCUUCCCUAAAUAGCCCACAGAUCUACGAUAGCGCCACGAGCUACGCUCAGAGCAAGAAUAGCAGCAAGGCCACGUCGACAAGUCGGGUUCCCCCUUCGAGAUCCGGAUUGAGCCAGUCCUAUCAAUGCAACGGGUCUCUAGCAUCGGGGGAACGCCAGGGGAACCCUCAGCAUAAGGGAAGCAGUGUGGGUGCCGGAGUGCGCGAUGUCAUUGAUACGGUGGAGGUGUCGACGGAUGUGACCUUGAAGACCUAUCUCAAGUCCAUCAUCCGGAUGCCCAAGUCGAUGUGGAUACUGUGUCUAUGUAACCUGCUGUGUUGGAUGUCUCUGGUCUGCUACUCACUUUACUUUACCGACUUUGUAGGUCAGUCGGUGUACGGCGGUGACCCCAUGGCUCCUGUGGGCACUGACCUCCAUGACAGAUACGACGCUGGCGUGAGGCUGGGCUCGUUUGCAAUGUCUCUUUACUCUUUCUCCUGUGCCUGCUACUCUCUCGGGAUAGAGAGACUUGUGCAGAGGUUCAGAGCCAAGAAAGUCUAUGUGAUUGGUCAGUUGGUCUUCACGCUUGGAAUGGCGGGAAUGGCCGUCUCACGCAGUAAGAUAGCGGUCAUCCUUCUGUCCCCCGCGGCGGGGAUCAUGUACGCCACGUUAUUCACCAUGCCCUACUUACUGGUGGCACACUACCACACGAGGGGAAUGUUCUCUCACGGAGACCCCUCUCUGGGGGACUGCAAACAAGUUCGAGGCCUCGGCACCGACGUAGCCAUCAUCAGCAGCAUGGUAUUCCUGGCCCAGUUCCUGCUCUCGGUCUUGAUGGGGACAGUGGUCACUGCGGUGGACAGUACGGUGGCGGUCAUCGUCACCAGCGCCAUCCUCAGCUUUUUGGGCUCUCUCACUGCCACUCAGGUCACAUACCUGGACUUAUGAGCGCCUGGUGUUGCAGAGGCGGAGGAAGAGGAGGGACUAACUACAUCAUCAUGAGAGCCUCCAUCUUUUAAAGAGAUCUCAAAUCUAUCACCCCCCCCCCCAACUAAGAGUUCUAACAAAGAUAAGAUAAUAUAUGACAACCAGUUCAAUUCUCUUACCAUUUUUUUUUAUUAUAAUUAUUUUCAUCCACCAUGUAAUUGUUUGUAAAAUGUUUGACAUGUUUCGGAUGUUCCUUCAGUGUUGAAGAUAGUUUACUUCUUAGUCCAAACCUCCCGCAGGACGACGGGGGAUGGCAGCAGAUAAGGUAGGAACCCGGGACCAUCGGUCAAACUCCAGAGCGCACACCACACAACCAGGCAGCCAUCCUCGUUUUUUUUUGGGUUAUGUCGUUCACUUCCAAUACACUCGUUGGCCACUUAAACAACAACUUGGCAAAUUUAUAAAUUCACCAAAAAAAAACAACUGCAAAGUUCAAUAUUAGCACAUAAUUACACGACUUUGCUAUUCAAGAGUCACUUCACUAAGUCAUACAUCGUGCAGGUAGAUAAUGAACAUAUAUACAACGGAUCUCAAACUAUACAUCAGUUCUUGUUCAAACAUAUUCAUUGAAGACUUUUCUCCUCCCCUCCCCCUUCCAUACACACACAUUGCAGGUAUUGCAGCGCUUGGAAAGCUGCAACGAGAGGCCCCUUACAAAUUUAAUCCGGCCCUGUAGCUAAUGUUACAAUAAUGUCUAUCAAAAGUUCAUCUUGUAUGUUGCUGAUGUUAGAAUUCAAUGUCUUCUCGUCAUCUGAAUAUAUUCUUGUAUAUCUAUUAGUCUAUUGGUUUCUUAUCAUCGUCAUGGAAAUCAUGUUCAAGAAAAUAUCAUAAGCGUGGUUGUUCUUAGGUUCGUGUGUGAUGUUACCUGUGUGGGGUGUGUUAGCUGUGUGGUAGUGAUGUUAGCUGUGUGGGGGGUGUUAGCUGUGUGGUAGUGAUGUUACCUGUGUGGGGGGUGUUAGCUGUGUGGUAGUGAUGUUAGCUGUGUGGGGGGUGUUAGCUGUGUGGUAGUGAUGUUACCUGUGUGGGGGGGGGUGUUAGCUGUGUGGUAGUGAUGUUAGCUGUGUGGUAGUGAUGUUACCUGUGUGGGGGGUGUUAGCUGUGUGGUAGUGAUGUUAACUGUGUGGUAGUGAUGUUAGCUGUGUGGUAGGGAUGUUAGCUGUGUGGUAGUGAUGUUGGCUGUGUGGUAGUGAUGUUAGCUGUGUGGUAGUGAUGUUACCUGUGUGGUAGUGAUGUUACCUGUGUGGCAGUGAUGUUACCUGUGUGGUAGUGAUGUUACCUGUGUGGUAGUGAUGUUAGCUGUGUGGUAGUGAUGUUAGCUGUGUGGUAGUGAUGUUAGCUGUGUGGUAGUGAUGUUAGCUGUGUGGUAGUGAUGUUAACUGUGUGGUAGUGAUAUUGGCUGUGCGGUAUUGAUAUUGGCUGUGCGGUAGUGAUGUUAGCUGUGCGGUAGUGAUGUUAGCUGUGCGGUAGUGAUAUUGGCUGUGCGGUAGGGAUGUUAGCUGUGCGGUAGGGAUGUUAGCUGUGUGGUAGUGAUGUUAGCUGUGUGGUAGUGAUGUUACCUGUGUGGUAGUGAUGUUAGCUGUGUGGUAGUGAUGUUAGCUGUGCGGUAGUGAUGUUAGCUGUCUGGUAGUGAUGUUAGCUGUGCGGUAGUGAUGUUAGCUGUGUGGUAGUGAUGUUAGCUGUGCGGUAGUGAUGUUAGCUGUGUGGUAGUGAUGUUAGCUGUGCGGUAGUGAUAUUGGCUGUGCUGUAGUGAUGUUAGCUGUGUGGUAGUGAUGUUAGCUGUGUGGUAGUGAUGUUAGCUGUGUGGUAGUGAUGUUAGCUGUGUGGUAGUGAUGUUAACUGUGUGGUAGUGAUAUUGGCUGUGCGGUAUUGAUAUUGGCUGUGCGGUAGUGAUGUUAGCUGUGCGGUAGUGAUGUUAGCUGUGCGGUAGUGAUAUUGGCUGUGCGGUAGGGAUGUUAGCUGUGCGGUAGGGAUGUUAGCUGUGUGGUAGUGAUGUUAGCUGUGUGGUAGUGAUGUUACCUGUGUGGUAGUGAUGUUAGCUGUGUGGUAGUGAUGUUAGCUGUGCGGUAGUGAUGUUAGCUGUCUGGUAGUGAUGUUAGCUGUGCGGUAGUGAUGUUAGCUGUGUGGUAGUGAUGUUAGCUGUGCGGUAGUGAUGUUAGCUGUGUGGUAGUGAUGUUAGCUGUGCGGUAGUGAUAUUGGCUGUGCUGUAGUGAUGUUAGCUGUGUGGUAGUGAUGUUAACUGUGUUGUAGUGAUGUUAGCUGUCUGGUAGGGAUGUUAGCCGUAUGUGUGUGAUGUUAGCUGAAUGCUAGAAAUGUUGGCUGUGUGAAAGUGAUGUUAGCUGAAUGCUAGAAAUGUUGGCUGUGUGAAAGUGAUGUUAGCUGAAUGCUAGAAAUGUUGGCUGUGUGAAAGUGAUGUUAGCUGUGACGACCCUUAGGGAGUUUGCAGCACCCAGUACUACACCCUGGCAGAACCUACGACGCCACUGACCCCAAACUAGCACUUGUCGUUGCUUUGGAUACAUCAGCUUCGUGGAGAGGGGGUGGGGGGACUGGUGUGUGGGCGACAUCGUUCUGACCACCGCUAAUUCCCAGGCAUUCGUUUCCAUGAGCUGAUCCAUUUACAGCGUCGUUUGCUGUGUGUGUGUGUGCGUGUUUGAUAUUAGCUUUGUGGUAGGAACAUAUCACAUUCCCUAAUCAUCAGAAAUAAUGAUUCAAUGAACUUUGAUCAACUAACGGAGCUCCUGAUCUCAAUGAUACUUCCUUAGACUCAUGUACAUGAGACAUUAUGAAUGUACAAAGCAAAUGGGCAAAGCAAAACAAGCCAGGAUUUCGACCAUCUUGUAGCCAAAGACUCAAGUACAUGACACAUUAUGAAUAUACAAAGCAAAUGGGCAAAGCAAAACAAGCCAGGAUUUCGACCAUCUUGUGGCCAAAGACUCAAGUACAUGACACAUUAUGAAUAUACAAAGCAAAUGGGCAAAGCAAAACAAGCCAGGAUUUCGACCAUCUUGAAGCCAAAGUUGUAUUUUUGUGUUACCAUCGAAGAACAAAAUAAUGUUUUGAAAAGUUUUUUUUAAAAAUAAUAUGAACGUGUGAUUUCGUUAAGAAAUCAAACUGAAAAAAAAAACAGCCCUUGUUGGCAUAAAUAUGAGAAAGUUGUGUGAUACUUGCGCAAUUACAUGCUUAAUUAACUAAAUAUUUGUUUAUUUGUUCAUGUUUUUUUUAACUUAAUAGACAUAGUGUGCAAUUAACCUAAUUUUUUCCAAUUCGUUUCCACCUAUAUUCUGAUAGUCUUUACAAGCCGUUGGACUAAGCGGACUAUUACAGCAGCCUACAUAUCAUUGGAAAAUGGAAAUAAAAACUUCAAACAAUCUUUGA